AUGUUUCUGAGCAUUGUUCUGCUUCUAGCUGCUCAGCAUGUCUUGGCUGCUCCAGUUCUGCCCGCUCUGACCAUGAGCAGCAAUUCCUCCCUCAGCAAUGUGAAGGCCCUGAGGAACCUCACCGCGCAGGAAGACGGGGCAGUCAGAGUAACAGAGUCCAUUGCUAUAAUCGUCAUUGCUAUUUUCAUCUGUUUGGGCAACCUGGUGAUUGUCGUCACCCUCUAUCGGAAGUCUUACCUUCUCACGUUGAGCAACAAGUUUGUGUUCAGCCUGACCCUCUCCAACUUCCUACUCUCUGUACUGGUGCUACCUUUUGUUGUCACCAGCUCCAUCAGGCGGGAAUGGAUCUUCGGAGUCGUUUGGUGCAAUUUCUCAGCCCUGCUCUACAUGCUGAUCAGCUCGGCCAGCAUGCUUACUCUUGGACUCAUAGCUAUAGACAGGUACUAUGCUGUCCUGUACCCAAUGGUUUACCCAAUGAAGAUAACAGGCAACAGAGCAGUGGUAGCUCUUGUGUAUGUGUGGCUACAUUCCCUUAUCGGCUGCCUCCCUCCCCUUUUCGGCUGGUCAUCUUUGGAGUUUGACCAAUUCAAGUGGAUGUGUGUGGCGGCCUGGCACAAAGAGGCUGGCUACACUGCCUUCUGGCAGAUCUGGUGCGCAUUGCUGCCUUUCGUGGUCAUGAUGAUCUGCUAUGGAUUCAUAUUCCGCGUGGCAAGGAUUAAGGCCCGCAAAAUCCACUGUGGUAGCGUCGUCAUUGUGGAGGAGGACUCGCAGAGGAACGGGAGGAAGAACUCCAGCACCUCCACAUCCUCUUCUGGCAGCCGAAGGAACGCUUUCCAAGGGGUUGUCUACUCAGCUAACCAGUGCAAAGCUUUCAUAACCAUCUUGGUUGUCAUCGGUGCUUUCGUGAUUACAUGGGGGCCUUACAUGGUAGUAAUUACAUCAGAGGCACUUUGGGGAAAAAAUAGCAUUUCCCCUGCCUUGGAGACAUUAGCUACAUGGUUGUCCUUUUCCAGUGCCAUUUGCCAUCCACUAAUUUAUGGACUGUGGAACAAGACGGUGCGCAAGGAACUACUAGGAAUGUGCUUUGGGGAUCGGUAUUAUCGCGAGUCCUUUGUUCAGCGGCAUAGGACAUCGAGGUUAUUCAGCAUUUCCAAUAGGAUCACAGAUUUGGGACUAUCUCCUCAUCUCACUGCCCUCAUGGCAGGUGGGCGGCCAUUAGGAAACAGCAGCAGCACAGGAGACACCGGGUUCAGCUGUUCACAGGAUUCAGGAACAGAUGCAAUGCUUCUUGAAGAUUAUAGCUCAGAUGGCCCUCAUGCCCCACACUGCAUCUGUCCCCCUCGAAGGAGGAGUUCGGUGACGUUUGAAGAUGAAGUAGAGCAAAUUAAAGAAGCUGCAAAGAAUUCUGUUCUUCAUGUAAAAGCUGAAGUCCAUAAAUCUCUGGACAGUUACGCAUCCAGUUUAGCAAGAGCUAUUGAAGCUGAUGUGAAAAUCAGUUUGUUUGGGGAAGAUGCUUUACCAGGAGCUCUGUUCCCUGUGCGGACUGUUCCAGGAAGCAGUAUGAACACACGGCGUGGUAUCAGGCCCCAUGCUAGCCAAAGACUUCAGUUGCAGAGCAUCGAUGAAGGGAGUAUUUGA